GAGGGCAGAUGCUGGAUUCGGGAGACGGUCCGCCAUUAUUGUGAAGCUGAAAAAAAAAUCGACUUCCACACGCUGUCACACAUUUCGCCUGCAAGGGGCUGAAGAGGAGAAAGGAGACGAGGGGCGAUCGGGACGAUCCGCCGCGCUUUGAAAGUGGCGCUUCUGGUAAACGCAGACGGGGGCUUUUGAUCGCGUUUCAUCCGCACUCUUUAUGUUUGACACAACAAAGGAAAUAAUAACUGGUGAAAACAACGUGGUGGUGAACCAAGAAGGGGAAGAAAAACACACACACACACACACCGAAACAGCGCUUUAACAAAGCCUCUCCACCCCUUUUCUCCUCGCUUCCAGACGAGGGGGGAAAGACCGGAGUUGGAACAGCUAUUUUUUUUUCCCUGACGAAAAUUUAGGUUUUUUUUUCUUCCACUCCCUCCUCUCGCAGAGACACAGAUACGCAUCUCGUUUCUGGAAAACUUCACUCCGAUGAAAGCACGAGCACUUAAUUGGGGGAAGCAAUGGACACAGGUAGCCCGCUGAUUUGAGAGAGAAGAAAAAAACCGGCGGAGCGCGAUCCAUGUCAGUGUUGGUAGGAAGUGUUUGAGCGUGUUUUAAAAUAUAUAUAUAUAUUAUUAUUAUUUAAAAGCAAGCCUUUCGCCCGGCUGUGAGCGAGAGGAGCAGCGACAGGAAAAGGGAAAGAAGGAGCGGACGAGCGGCGGAGGACGCGGUGGGCCAAACUCCAGCCCGCUGAGGUCAUCUUGCAUGGAAACCCCCUUCUGUCCUGGCAGCCCUUUCUCCUACCUAGAGCUACUGGCCUGCAUGGCAGGAUGAGCCUCUGCCAGCAUUGAUAAUGGCCAAAAAGCAAGAUGCGCGGGCACCCACCUACAACCUGGUUGUGGUUGGGCUGUCCGGCACGGAGAAGGAGAAAGGCCAAUGUGGUGUUGGCAAAUCGUGCCUCUGUAACCGCUUUGUUCGGCCAAGUGCAGAUGACUUCCACCUAGACCACACCUCCGUUCUCAGCACCAGUGACUUCGGAGGCCGUGUGGUAAACAAUGACCACUUCCUGUUCUGGGGAGAGGCCGUGCGGGUGCUGGAGGAGGGGCCUGAAUGCCGUAUGAAUGUGGUGGAGCAAACGGAGUUCAUUGAUGAUCAGACGUUCCAGCCGCACCGAAGCACGGCACUCCAGCCUUACAUCAAGAGGGCAGCUUCCACCAAGCUGGCUUCGGCUGAGAAGCUGAUGUACUUUUGCACGGAUCAGCUGGGUCUGGAGCAGGACUUUGAUCAGAAACAGAUGCCCGAAGGAAAGAUUAAUGUGGAUGGCUUCUUACUCUGUGUGGAUGUUAGCAGGGGUAUGAACCGGAGCUUUGAGGACCAGAUGAAGUUUGUUACCAACCUGUACAACCAGCAAGCCAAAACGAAGAAACCUGUGGUACUGGUUCUCACUAAAUGUGAUGAAGGAGUUGAGCGUUAUAUUAAAGACUCACACACCUUUGCCCUUGCCAAGAAGAACCUACAGGUGGUAGAAACAUCAGCACGAUCUAAUGUCAAUGUUGAACUUGCCUUUCUGACACUGGUUCAGCUAAUUGACAAGAGCAGGGGAAAGCCCAAAAUCAUCCCUUACUUUGAGGCACUGAAACAGCAGAGUCAACAGAUCGCCUCAGCCAAAGACCGCUAUGAGUGGUUGGUCAACCGAAUCGUGAAGAAUCACAAUGAGACGUGGCCCGCAGUCAGUCGCCGCAUGCAGUCAGCCGCCGAGUACAAGGAAUAUGUCUUCCUUGAGGGGACCGCUAAAGCCAAGAAGCUCUUCCAGCAGCAUGUGCAUAGACUCAAACAAGAUCAUAUAGAGAGACGUAGAAAGGCCUACCUUAGCACUCUACCACAGGCCCUGUCUGUACUGUUACCAGAGUUGCAUGAGAUAGACCACCUGAGCUGGUCUGGAGUUCAGAAAGUCCUGGAGAUGAAGAGAGAUUUCUCCCAAUGGUUUGUGGUGCUGGAUGACACACCUUGGGAGACCACAACACAUAUUGACGCCAUGGAUGAUGAUAGAAUCCCCCAAGACCUUCUGGAGACUCCCGUAGCUGAAGCUAUCUAUGAAACCCACCUGGAGCAGCUAAGAAAUGAACGCAAGCGGGCUGAGAUGAGAUGGGAGUUCAAGGAGAAGCUAAGCGUAUCUCCUUUCAUCACACCAGGGAAACCUUGGGAGGAGGCCCGAAGCUUCAUAAUGAAUGAAGACUUUUACCAAUGGCUGGAUGAGGCUGAAUAUCUGGACAUCUACAACAAACACCAGAAGGAAAUCAUUGACCGAGCCAAAGAGGACUUUCAGGAACUACUUCUUGAAUACUCUGAGCUCUUUUAUGAGCUGGAAGUGGAUGCAAAGCCAAGUAAAGAGAAAAUGGGAGCCAUUCAGGAGGUGUUGGGUGAGGAGCAAAGGUUUAAAGCUUUGCAGAAGCUGCAUGCAGAAAGGGAUGCUCUUGUAUUGAAACAUAUCCACUUUGUCUACCACCCUACAAAGGACACUUGUCCCAACAAUCCCCACUGUGUGGACAGUAAGAUCGAGCAGAUACUGGCCUCCAGAUUCCCUACCCGCUACCCAUCAUCAGAUAGUUCAAGACUGGACUUGGGCAGGGCCGAACGGAUAAAUCUUGUCAUCCUCGGUAAAGAUGGGCUAGCAAGAGAGAUGGCAAAUGAGAUAAGGGCCAUGUGCACCAGUGACGACCGGUACGUGUUGGAUGGCAAGAUGUAUGAGUUAGCCCUUCGUCCCAUAGAGGGCAAUGUACGUCUGCCGGUCAAUUCAUUCCAUACACCAACCUUUACACCUCAUGGUUGCCUGUGUCUGUACAAUUCAAAGGAAUCCCUCUCUUAUGUUGUUGAGAGUUUAGAGAAGCUCAAGGAGUCGACUAUAAGCAGAAGGGAAAGGGAAAACAGCUUAGCUCAACUCCCACUGUCCCUCCUUCUGGUCACCAAGCGGGGAGUGGGGUCCAUUGGGGAUAUUGGGGGGGAGACGGCUCAGACUCUUAUCCAACAAGGGCAGCAGGUGGCUGGAAAGCUGCAGUGUUCCUACUUGGACCCCGCCUCUCCAGGCGUUGGCUAUGGUCGCAAUGUCAAUGAGAGGCAGAUCAACCAGAUGCUGAAGAGCCUCUUAGAAUUACGGAGAAACAUUGGGAGCAGCUCCCCUCCCUUACCCCCUCCAUCCUCUACAUUCAGAGACUCUCAGUCCCAGCCAGUGCUAGAGGCAGACCUGAGGAUAGUCAUGUGCCUGAUGUGUGGAGACACGUACGACAUUGACCAGCUGCUGGCUCCUUUCCUGUUGCCCCAGCAUUGUCGUCCUGCUACUAACCUCAGCAGUGGCACCUCAGUUUUGCUGGAUCUUAGUAUAGGAGGUCAGAGACAGAAUGUUGAGCUCUCACUGCUCUCCUUUCAUUCCUCAUUCUCACUUCGCAAGACCAAGCUGGUACACGGCUAUAUUGCAGUUUACUCUGCUCGUCGCAAGGCCUCUAUGGAGACCUUAUGUGCUUUCCUGUGUGAGGUCCAAGACAUCAUCCCAGUGCAGUUGCUAGCAGUUGGAGAAAGCCAAAUGGAGCUGUCAGACUCUGAGUCAGCUAAGGAGCAGGUCAGUCAGGGAGAGGAACUUGCCCAUGAAAUAGAGGCCAGGUUCAACACAGUGAUAUGUGGGCAUGGUGGGGUUGUAGGGGGGCUUCAUAAGAUAGACCUCUUCCAAGCUUUUCUCAAAGAGGCGUUAGAGAAGCACACCAUCGUUGAGGCCACACACAUGUAUGAUAAUGUGGCUGAGGCAUGUACAAAUGAGAGCAGCAGCCCUCACUGUGGCUCUCCUAGUCCAGUUAAUAUCCUUUUGGACUCAGAGGACGACAUCGAUCCAUCGCCACCUUAUCCUACCCUCAGGGAAGACGGCAGCCUCAGUUCCCACCAUGGAAGCUUCAAGCUGCCAGAGCUGGAUUCAAGUGAUACCUUCUCGGUCAUUGCUGAGCUUAGCACCUUUGAGAGCAAACUGAACAACAAGGUUCCUCCACAAGUGAAGCCCAAGCCAGUCCGUAAGGUGAAUCUCGGCCCCUACAUGGAUCAGCAGGGGGGCACCAACCGCCGCUCCUUGCCCCAGGCUGUCAGUUGGGCUCCAGGUAGCGACGGUGGCUAUGACCCCUCAGAUUACGCAGAGCCAAUGGAUGCAGUGAGCAAACCUCGACCCACACAAGCGGAGAGCAUUUACUCUGUCCCGCAUGACAGCACGCAAGGCAAGAUUAUCACCAUCCGCAAUGCCAACAAAGGUCACUCUAACGGGAGUGCUGGGGGGAAUGGAUCCGAUAGUGAGGCUGACAGCAGUUCGCUGGAACGAAGGAGAAAGUUGUCUGCCAUCGGGGUAAAGCCCAAGCUUUACAGAGACAGAUCCAAACGGCUUGGCAAGUUCAGCAGUUUCAGGACGAGCUUCUCGAUAGGCAGUGAUGACGAGAUGGGGGGUCCGCCCAAGGUUAACCAGGAUGAGGGAGGAGCCCAAAAAGACAACUCCAUCGAAGAGAUUGAGGAUCCCAAAAGAAGAAAUCUUCUCAAGAGCCUGCGCAGAAAUACAAAGAAACCACGAUCCAAACCCAGGCAUUCCAUCUCCAAACCAAUCGAGAGCAACUACUUUGGCAUGCCACUGACCUCCGUGGUCACUCCCGAGAGGCCCAUCCCGCUCUUCAUCGAGAAGUGCAUUCGUUUCAUUGAGGCAACAGGGUUGAGCACAGAGGGGCUCUACAGGGUCAGCGGGAACAAGGCAGAGAUGGAGAGCAUGCAGCGGCAAUUUGACCAAGACCACAACCUGGACCUGGUGGAGAAAGACUUCACCAUGAACACAGUGGCCGGAGCAAUGAAGGCCUUCUUCUCCGAGCUACCCGAGCCUCUGGUGCCGUACAACAUGCAGGGAGAGCUGGUGGAGGCCUUCAAGAUCAACGACAGGGAGCAGCGCUUCCAGACGAUGAAGGACAUCCUGCGCCGCUUCCCCAAAGAGAACUACGAGGUCUUCAAAUAUGUCGCCAGCCACUUGAACAAGGUGAACCAGAACAACAAGUCGAACCUUAUGACCAGCGAGAACCUGUCCAUCUGUUUCUGGCCCACACUGAUGAGACCAGACUUCACCACCAUGGACGCCCUGACCGCCACCCGCACCUACCAGACAAUCAUUGAGAGCUUCAUCCACCAGUGCGCGUACUUCUUCUACAAUCAGCCGCUGGCCGACGGCCUCCACGGCUCCCCCACCUCCACGCUCUCCUCCGGGGGAGGGACUUCGGCCUACUCCUGCAUGGCCGGAGGCUACUCCUCCCCGCCGACUCCGUCCCCGGCUCCCUAUGUCCUACCGGCCACCCCGCCAGUCAUUCCGCACUACGGCCCUCCUAUCCACCAUCACCACCACCACCACCAACACCACCUUUCACAUCAGUCCCCACCCCACUCCCCACCUGUUACCCCCCAGUCCCCCAUCCCCGCCCUGCUGCCGCCCUCCCUACACCCCCACCACCCGCCUACGGAACAACACACGCUGUGAACCAGGGAUCAAGGGAAGGAGGGAAGGAAAAAAAAACGAAGACGGGAUGAUGAGAUUUAAGGGUUUAAGGAUCAGAGAUUUUGAAGUUGGGGAAUGGAAUUGAAGAAGAAAAAUUUAAAUCGAGAACCGGAGGUAGGAAGAUAAGUUGGGAGGGAUUGAGUGAGAUGCAGUAUGUACAGGGAGAAACCGAUGCGCUUGGGAGAAGAAGAGGGCGUUUGAGCCUCUGCUAACUUUAGAAAAAAGGACACACACACACACACACACACACACACGAGGCUGACAUGGGGAACACUGAACUGGUAGUGUGAUCUUUCCACCGUCUCGCCACUUCACCCUUCUGUCUCUCAGUGUCACUGCACCUAGACCUGCCCCUGCCUUAUAGAGAACCUACACACUAACUAGUGCACUGUGGCCAGUAACUGAUAAAGGGACUCUGGAGUAGAUUGGAAAGUCGAAUGUGAACUCUGCAACGUUGUGAUUGCUUCACCACAGACGUAACGCAAACACUUUGACGAAAAACCCCCCUCGGUGGCCAGCGUGCCUCCGACAACCCCCUUAACCCCUCAGCUGUCCUGGGAGUCCUUGUGGCCGCUUCCUUCGCCACACGCCCUCAUCCUCUACCUACGGGGGGCUGUGGCAGUGUCACGGUGGAGCAGAGAGGAGGUCCUUAAAGCACGUUUGUUCAUUUGGCUGCUGUACAGAGGACUUGGGCAAAAAACAUGUGUUACUACCCACCCGACAGGAUGUUCUGUCCUCUGCGACACACACACACAUUCCUGUCCAUCAGCCCCUCACACAGACACGCAUCCACACACACACAAUCAGUUUCAAUUGAGGCACUAUGCCAAGCACGGGAAAAACAAAAUC